UGCUCAUGUACUACCAUUAGAGAGGAUAACUAGCUAGCUAGUGCUCGCAAGAAAAAGAGAUAGCUAGAGAUGGCUAUAACAGGAACGAUAACACGUGAAGUUGAAAUCAAAUGUCAUCGUCACCAAGUCUUUGAACUCUUCAAGCAUAGGCCACACGACACCUCAGUCAUCGACCCUGAAACGAUUGAAGCUUGUCAUUUAAUUUCUGGUCAAUGGGGUGUUCCUGGAGCUGUCGUUCUGUGGCACUACUACCAUGUUGGAAAAAAGGAAACUGCGAAAGAAAUCAUUGAAGAAGUUGAUGAUGAGUUACACAAAAUUGUGUUCAAAGUGAUUGAAGGAGAUAUCUUGGAGGUGUAUAAUUCCUUGAGCUUCAUUCUUACGACCAAAGAGGUGGGCGAUAAGAAGUUUGUUAUCUUGAGUAUAGAAUUCGAGAAGGCCAAUGCAAGUAUACCGGAUCCAACAUCCUAUCUGGAUUUGGUUUGUGGACUAGUUGCAAAUGUAGGUGCUCAUUUUCUCAAGUACCCAUGAUGUCGUCGAUAUAUUCACUAAAUAAAUGUCGCUGACAUUAUGCAUGUAUUGAAGCUCCAACAGCGACUUGCUUGGUAAUAAUAGAUUAAAGGGAAGUGAUUGUUUAAUAAAUAAAUGUCAGCUGCUGUAUUUAUAAAUAUUGAUGCUAGCUUGUGAAGAUAUGUAUUUGUAUUGUAAAUGUAAACUGGCAUGGUGUUAUGGUGUAUUUCAAUUGCUUGUGUGGGAAUUGUUUCA